UCCGGAGCGGAGCGGACGCGUCCCACGCCUCGCCGCCACUCUCGAGCCCACGACGAGUCUCUCAGAGUGGUGGGAUCAGAGGGCCCGGCUCAGUGUUCGACCACGGCGUCCUCUACUGAAGGACGGGGCCCCGUGAGGCCUUGGCUCCCGCGCCUCUCCCGCCGGAACACGGGACGCCGGCGCCUCAGGCCUCUCAGCCCAGUGGUCACACCCUUUCCAGAAAUUCCUGGCUGGUAACCGCGAAGCUGGGGGAAAGCAAGAGCUGGGAGAACUGGAGAAGACUGCUCUAAUCUGACUUGACUCUGGCUGGGAACAGACGCAUCAUCAUAAUAACCAAGAUUUGCAAAGCGUUCUCUAGAGAACCGAGCCUUUUGCUGGACCCAUGUUCCUGCCUGUGCUCCCAUGACGGGGUGGAUAGCACUGCUUGUGCCUGUGACCCAGAACCCUGGCUGACCACAUUGAAGCAGGAUGCUCCAGCAGGUUAAUGGCCACAGUUCAGGCUCUGAAGCCCAAGGCGGGGGAUUCCUCAGAGAAGACCUGCAGGAGUUCCUGAGUGGGGAAGCCCCACUGCACCAGCUGGAUGACCUCACCAAGGUGAAUCCUGUGACACUGGAGACAGUCCUGAGGUGUUUGCAGGCUCGGUACGCAGCAGACACGUUCUACACCAAUGCUGGCUGCACCUUGGUGGCUCUGAACCCCUUCAAGCCCAUCCCUCAGCUCUACUCAACAGCACUGAUGAGAGAGUACCAUGCUGCUCCUCAGCCUCAGAAAUUGAAGCCCCACAUCUUCAUGGUGGGUGAACAGACGUACAGGAAUGUCAAGAGCCUGAUUGAGCCAGUCAACCAGUCUAUCAUCGUCAGCGGAGAGAGUGGUGCUGGAAAGACAUGGACGUCCCGCUGCCUGAUGAAGUUCUACGCUGUGGUGGCUGCCUCACCCACAUCCUGGGAGAGCCACAAGAUCGCAGAGAGGAUCGAGCAGCGAAUCUUAAACUCCAACCCUGUCAUGGAAGCUUUUGGGAAUGCGUGCACACUGAGGAAUAACAACAGCAGUCGCUUUGGGAAGUUCAUCCAGCUCCAGCUGAACAGGGCCCAGCAGAUGACUGGAGCUGCAGUCCAGACGUACCUCCUAGAGAAAACUCGAGUGGCCUGCCAGGCCUCCAGUGAGAGGAACUUCCACAUCUUCUACCAGAUCUGUAAAGGAGCCAGCACGGACGAGAGGCUCCAGUGGCACCUCCCCGAGGGAGCAGCCUUCUCUUGGCUGCCCAACCCAGAGAGGACCUUGGAAGAGGAUUGUUUCGAGGUGACCAGAGAGGCCAUGCUUCAUUUGGGCAUCGACAACCCCACUCAGAACAACAUCUUUCAGGUCCUGGCUGGACUGCUGCACCUCGGCAACAUCCGGUUUGCUGACUCUGAGGAUGAAUCCCAGCCCUGCCAGCUGAUGGGUGAUGCCAAGUGCUCUAUCAGGACAUCAGCCUCACUGCUGCAGCUUCCAGAAGACCCAUUGCUAGAGACACUGCAGAUUAGAACCAUCAGGGCGGGCAGACAGCAGCAAGUGUUCCGGAAGCCCUGCUCCCGAGCUGAGUGUGACACACGCAGGGACUGUCUGGCCAAACUAGUCUAUGCACGGCUUUUUGACUGGCUGGUAUCCGUGAUCAAUAGCAGCAUCUGUGCAGACCCUGACUCCUGGACCACUUUCAUAGGCCUGCUGGAUGUGUACGGAUUUGAGUCCUUUCCCAACAACAGCCUGGAACAGUUGUGCAUCAACUAUGCCAACGAGAAGCUGCAGCAGCACUUUGUGGCUCACUACCUAAAGGCUCAACAGGAGGAAUACACAGUUGAGGGCCUGGAGUGGUCAUUUGUCAACUACCAGGACAACCAGACCUGCUUGGAUCUCAUCGAGGGGAGCCCCAUAAGCAUCUGCUCCCUUAUAAAUGAGGAAUGCCGCCUUAAUCGGCCAAGCAGUGCAGCCCAGCUCCAGACACGCAUUGAGAGAGCCCUGGCAGGCAACCCCUGCCUAGGCCACAACAAGCUAAGCCAGGAGCCCAGCUUCAUUGUGGUACAUUACGCAGGGCCGGUGCAGUACCACACCGCAGGCCUGGUAGAGAAGAACAAGGACCCUGUUCCCCCUGAGCUGAACAGGCUCCUCCAGCAAUCCUGGGACCCCCUGCUCAAGGUGCUGUUUCCUACUGAUCCCGAGGAGCAGCCCUCUGGCCAGAGCAGAGCCCCUGUGUUGACCGUCGUGUCCAAGUUCAAGGCCUCCCUGGAGCAGCUUCUACAGGUUCUGCAUAGCACCACGCCCCACUACAUUCGCUGUAUCAAGCCCAACAGCCAGGGCCAGGCGCACAUCUUUCUCCAGGAGCAGGUCCUGAGCCAGCUGGAGGCGUGUGGCCUUGUGGAGACCAUCCACAUCAGUGCUGCUGGCUUCCCUAUCCGGAUCUCUCAUCAGAACUUCGUGGAACGAUAUGAAUUACUGAGAAGGCUCCAUGCUCGCACAUCCUCUGGCCCCCACAGCCCAUCUCCUGAUGAACAGCACUCAGAAGGGUCUCCGUGCACGGAGGCGGCCACACUGCAACCUCUCCUUCAGGACAUCCUCCACACUCUACCAGCUCUGUCUCAGGCUGCAGCCACACUCAGUGACCCAGCUGAGGCCACACCAGCCCCAGUUUGUUGUGGCAGAACCAAGGUGUUCAUGACUGACUCCAUGCUGGAGCUUCUGGAACAUGGACGUGCCCAGGUGCUGGAACAAUGUGCCCGCUGCAUCCAACGUGGCUGGAGGCGACACUGGCACCGCAAGCAGGAGAGGCAGAGGCAGGCCGCUGUGCUCAUCCAGGCAGCCAUCCGUUCCUGGUUAACUCGGAAACACGUCCAGAGACUGCACACAGCUGCCACAGUCAUCAAGCGUGCAUGGAAGAGAUGGAGAAUUGGAAUGGCCUUCCUUGCUUCUAAAGAACUGGAUGAUGUGGAGGAAAAACACGUGUCUCCGGUUCCCCUUUCCACGGGCUCCUGCCUGCUGCCACAGACACAGAGCAGCCUCCUGGCAGCAAUAAUCCGCCUCUGGCCCCUGGGACUGGUCCUUGCCAAUGCAUCGGUGGGUGUCCAGGGCUUUCGGAGGAAGCUGGUGGUCUGGGCCUGCCUCCAGCUACCCACGGGGAGCCACAGCAGCCACAAUGUCCAGACGGCACAGGAACAAGCUGGCAUCACAUCCAUCCGAGCACUGCCUCAGGGCUCAAUCAAGUUCCACUGCAGAAAGUCUCCACUGCCAUAUGCUGACAUCUGCCCUGAACCGUCACCCUAUAGUGUUACUGGCUUUAAUCAGAUUCUGCUGGAAAGACACAGUCUGGGCCACGCGUGAUGUCUUCUCACCUCUCAGCCUCACCUGGCUGGGCAAUCCUUUGGUGCCUUUGUGUCUACGAGGCCUUUUCCUGCCAGCUGCCUUGCCAAAGACAUUUAAUCCACAAAAGCUGCCAAACUACUCCCACAGCAACUCCAAACACCUGAGAGCGAGUAAAGGCUGCCUGCCGCAGCCCUACACAAGGGACCUGGGGCUCCCAUCGACAUCUCCGAGCCCUGACAGGGGUCAGGGGUUGGUUACCAAAUCAGGGCUAAGAAACCUCAGGGCCACAGAGCACUACUUCCCACAUUUUACUACCCUCAUAGAUCCAGCUUAGCAGUGGAGUCUGUCACUACAGUGGGGCUCCCCUGAUUCCCUACAAACAGAACAGACGUCGGCUUGAAAUUAGCUCUAAAAUUUCAACUGGGAUAUUUACAGGAACAAAACCCUACUAUUUAAUACAUUGAUUUAUUUAAUGUAAUUUCAAGCAAUUAUGAAUUAAGGAUGAACAAAGUAAUUUACCAUCAAAUCACUGUAUCUUGAUUUUAUUUAGCGACAUUAAGCAAGUUUUAACUCAAAUGAGUAUGAAACUUGACAAAUUCUGUGUGAUGUCUAAACACCAAAAUUAAAACAUUUAAAGACAACUAUCUGAAUGUUAAGUUCUCCCUCCAAUAAAGGGUUUACCACCUCGAGUAUCCUCA